CAUACAUAAAGCGGUUUUCUGUGCACCAAAAACCUUGUGUAAACCUUCUGGUUUGUUGAGCUUUCUGUUGUUUUGCGCAUCAUCGCUUCACCAUGCCUGGAGAAUUGAGGGACGAAUUCGACAAGGAUGCCCGACGGAUGAAGCAGGAACUAGCCAGGAACUUUGUUGCUUCUAUCGGAGGAAUGGAGGAGGAAUCCCCCAAGGACGGAAGAUCGAAGGACGUAGCUGCCUUGGUCGGAGGAACGCAGAAUGUAUCCACCGAGAACGCAGAAUCGAAGGAUCUAGCUGACUUGGUCGGAGGGACGAAGAACAUAUCCACCGAGAAAGGAGAAUUGAAGGAUGUAGCUGCUUUGGUCGGAGGAACGACGAACGUAUCCACCGAGAACGAAGAACUGAAGGACGUAGCUCCCUUGAUCCUUGGAAUGGAGGAUUCGUCCACUGAGGAGGGAACAGAGGAGGACCAAUCAACCCUGUACGGCUUCGAGCGAGAGGGAAUGUAUAAACUCGAACUUGCAGGAACGGUUAACCCUCACCAUCGCCACUUUUUCUUUUGCUGCGGGAGUUAUGAAAGCUGGCCGCCAUACUUCGAUGAGAAGUCGGGAUUUCUGGUCCCUUGUUUGCUUAUCUCGGAGAACAUAAGGACGCUUUCACGGGCUCCUAAACCGAGCCGCCUGACUAUAUGCGAGAAAAACAAAAAUGCGAGGAUCUUCGAUGGAAAUGUCCUCGUAUUUCCAGACAUGCAAGUAUACAGGCGCCUGAGGCUGAAACCCUCAGAAGUCCAUGAAUUUGUAGAUGAAGUGAUUGUUAAGGGCAAGAGGUGGUGCUCAUCUGGGUUUUUGGAAGACUUGAGAGGUUCAUAUAUCUUUGUAUGUGCUCAUAAACGUCGAGAUAAAAGAUGUUCUGCUUGUGGCCCACCAUUGAUAAAAAAGUUCAACGAAGUGAUUGAAGCCAAGGAUUUGAAACGUAGGGUGUUUGUGCUGGCCAGUUCACACAUAGGAGGAGACAGGAAUUCAAGCUACUUUGCAGGCAAUGUGAUUAUUUUCAGUCGUGAUUCUGAGGGAAAGGUUGCUGGCAAUUGGUAUGGAUACGUCACGCCUAAUGAUGUUGCUGAAUUAAUUGAGGAACAGAUCUUAAAGGGUGAAAUUGUUGAGAGGCUUUGGAGGGGCCAAAUGGGUAUUGCUGAUGACGAAUCAAGUGUGGCCUUCCAUGAGCGCCACAACCACCCAGCACCAAUUACAGUUAAAGCUAAAGCUAAACAAAUUAUAGCCACCUGGACUGCUGCUGCGGGUAUUAUGUUGGCCAUGGCUUCAGCUGCAGCUGCUACUAUCGCUGCUUAUGGAAUCUAUCGACGAAGAAGAAUAAGGUGAAGCUAAUUUCCUUGGAAUCCUGUCCUUACAAUAAAGAAAGAGCAUGGUAAAAGUAAAUAAGUAAGUAGUAAUAGUUAAUUGUUGGUGAUUGAUCUCAUAAGAGCAGACCAGACAGAUGAAGUUGGUUGGUUCAGUUCCAUUACUCUUGUUCAAGUUCUUGACAUUUGAUGCAUGCAAUACAUAAGAGGGGUGGGUGUAAUUGCAUCUUUUGCAAUGUAUGCCAUGCCCCUCAAGGUUUUGAGCAUAUAAUAAAUACACUUCAUUUUGGGAAUGAAUUACUUU